UUUCUGAUAAAACACAGAGCAUGACGUUUGUUAGCCUGUGUAAAGUUAAAUAUUCUCUAGAAUACAAGUUCAUCUUUUGACUGAAUUAGUCUUAAUCUGUUCAACUUUUGAUGUGUUAUGUGACAACCAAGUUUCUGAUUAGAUUACUUCACUUCAAAGAUCAGUAUUCAAACACAAAAAAUACUGAAAAGAGCAAAACCAACAAUGUGACAACCCUUUCUGACUCCCCUUCCCUGUCUUUGUCUCUUAACUCAAAGCCUGUUGAUUCAUACUCAAGAAGUACAUCUUUAAAACAACUCGCAAUAUAACGUUUAAAUAAUUUCAAACGGUUAUUUGAUCAUCGAGGCCUGGAUCGUGGAAUAUGCCUACUUCCAACUAUGCCAUUGCCCUGUUGAGACUCCGCCCACUCCUCCUCUCUACCUCCAUCUGCCUGAUAGAUCUUGGAGGUCUCCGUCGUGGAAUAUGCCUACUACGAACUAUUCAUACACUCUUUCAUAUUCAAUGAAUGUAUUUUAACUCUAAAUCUGUCCUUCUGUACACAUGACAUCUAUUACAUCUGUCCAUCCUGGAGAGGAAUCCUCCUCUGUUGCUCUUCUGAAGGUUUCUUCCCUUUUUUUCCUAGUGAAGGGUUGUUUGGGAGUUUUUACUGAUCCGAUGUGAGGUUUUGGGACAAGGAUGUCUAUGUGUACAGAUUGUAAAGCACUCUGAGACAAAUUUAUAAUUUGUGAAAAUGGGCUAUACAAAUAAACUGAAUUGAAUUGAAUUUCCUAAAACAAUCGGUCACUCUAGUUUUCAGCAAACAUUACUUUUCAAUUCCAUUCAGUUUAUUUUGUACAGCCCAAUAUCACAAAUUACAAAUUUGACUCAGAGGGCUUUACAAUCUGUACACAUAGACAUCCCUGUCCCAGGACCUCCCAUCAGAUCAGAUGAACUCAAACAAGUUUUGGUUUACUGAUUGUUGGUUUUGGUUUGUGAAUGAUAUUUGUUGACCAUAAAAAGAACGUGGUGACAGGAAGUCUGGUUAAGGUACGUGAAAACUAAACCAAAGAGUUACUACGUGGCUACAGAGCGACUAACUACUCACAUGACUACAGAGAGACCAACGACUCAGGUGACCUGCAACUGACCUGCCACACUAUGUCAACGUUGACUUGGUUUCAAACCGGACAUGAACAGUGGCCUCCUGGGUGAAAUUCCUGUGUAUGUUUGACCCGUGGAUGUAUAAAGAGAAUUGGAUACAUCAUUGGAGACAGAACCCAGUUCAGUCCAAUGAAAAUUGCUAAGCUAUUCGUGCGUGUUACAACUUUCAGGACCUAAUGAUUUAAAUAGGGACUAUUCAAGUGUUUCUACUGGAAAGCUAAUUCACCUCAAGAGAAGAAUGAUCUGCUGUGUUACAGAUGUCUCGUUCCCAAUGUAAGUCUAUUGGGAAAAGUAUUGUUGGGCCCCAUAGCAUCACAUGAAGGACCUGAAAGUUGAACUUCCACGGUUUGGCUACGAUGUCAAAUUUGCUUCAGAGCAUGGAGCUUUACCCGGGGGCUAAAUCUGACUAAUGCACCACCUCUUCCACCAAUACUACGCACACGCUUAGACAAGAGGAUAGACAAACCAGGCAAAGUACUCAAAAUCUUGUGGUUCUUCUUGCUGUAGCAGUAUUUCCAGGACCACAUUUUGUCAUAGUCUUACAAGGUGAAAACAAUGCUGGGUAAUGGUAACAAAAGACCAACAAUUAAGAUAAUUAAUGUAAUUUAUUUCCCCUUACAAAAACAAUGUAAUGAUCGUGUGGGGCUGGAAAACUGUCAGUAUACUAGGAGGGAGGAGAGGAACAGCAGAGACCAUGACAAACUAGUUCAAACCAGAGAGGAUGGUGUUUUCUCUCCUCUGUCAAUAUGAACAGGUCAGCGGCAGCAUCAGCAGCCUUUAUCCCGCAGACUUUGGAGACAUUGAAGUUCAGGGAAGCAUCCAUUUAGCUGUGAACUACAUCCAGAACCUUGGAGAGUUUCACAUAUUUGUGGUGCACUGCAGAGAUUUGGCCGUGGCCGACACAAAGAAGAACUGCUCCGACCCGUAUGUGAAAUGUUACCUUCUCUCUGAAAAGACACAUUUGGGAAAGAGAAAAACCACUGUAAAAAAGAAAACGUUGAACCCCACCUACAAUGAAAUCCUCAAGUUUAAAAUCAUAAUGGAAGUGUUGAAAACUCUGUUUUUGAACAUCUCUGUGUGGCAAAACAACACUUUUGGGCGGAAUAGUUUCCUGGGCGAGGUGGACCUGGAUAUGUCUAUUUGGGACUUCAGCAACACACACAUAAAUGAAUACACACUGAAGGCCAGGUUCUCAGAACAAAGUCCAACAGCGUCUCCCUCACAUCUGAAAGACAGCAGAGGACAAAUGAGAGUCGCCCUGAGAUUCCUUCCCCAGACAUCCCGCAGUAAGAGAACAUCUAGGAUGGAGACUGGUGAGGUACAAAUUUGGGUGAAAGACUGCAAGAACCUUCCUCCAGUCAGAGGAGUUUUUAUCGACCCAUUUGUGAAAUGCACCGUACUUCCUGACACGAGUCGGAAAAGCCGACAGAAGACGCGAGUGGUGAAGAGGACGGCCAACCCAAUGUUCAACCACACUAUGGUGUACGAUGGGUUCCGAUCAGAAGACCUCAGAGAGACAUGUGUGGAGAUAACAGUGUGGGAUCAUGACCGACUGAGCAGCCACUACAUUGGUGGCCUGAGGCUUGGUUUAGGGACAGGGAAGAGUUACGGGGUGGAAGUGCUCUGGAUGGAUUCAACAACAGAUGAAGCUCAUUUAUGGCAGAGGAUGUUACAGUCAGAUGGUGAAUGGGUAGAGGAUGCUUUACCUCUGAGAACGUUGGUAAGGGCAAAAAGCAUGUCAAAGUGAGAUUGUACACAAUGCAUUGAUACAUGCAUGGAGACUAUAGGAGCAGACUGCAUGCACAUUUGGAUAUAUCUAUUAACUAUAGUCUACACUGAGUGGAAGCAGCUGCCUGAGUGAACAAUGUGUAUGCAUAUUUAUAAUUGAAGAUCAUGUAUGAUAAGUAAAUAUACACAAGGUACUUUAAUUUGUUUAGCCAAAACCACGUGUUAAAUUUGAAAAGAGUUAAUUAUAUAUAUAACAAUAUAAGUUAUGCAACACAGAAAUUGUUUUGAUCUGAGCACUAAUUAGUUGUAUACAGUCUUGUUCAAGCUAUUCUAUCUUCAAUAAAAAGUAUAUUUGGACAUUGA